CUGUUCUACAAUAACAACCAUUAUUUUUUUUACGACGCACCUGCCAACCUCUCGGGACGUUUGCUUCAAGAAGAAUAAUUCCGUCCAAGGGGAGUGAACUCUAAUCGCCUUACACCGAUGUAAUUGACGAUGGCCGCGAGAUUUUUAAUUCGGAAUAUUUUCCUGGCAGAAAAUCCUUUAUUUAAAAUACAACAGCCUCGAAUUAUAGCCCCGCUAUUGUCAGGCAACAUCCAGAAUGUUCCGAGCGAGGGAGACAGACGAUUUUAUUCGAGAGUCCGCAAGAAAGAACGUCCGUUGUUCCCUAAACUUUUUAAAUCAGGUGACAGAAUGAAGAGAGAACCAUUGCCAGAUUCUACUAUCAAAUUCUGGUGCCAGGACAUCAAAGAACUACCAAAUGUACCUGACAAUGUCCGGAGGUUGUUCACAAUUGAAUUUGCGAGCCGUCAAGAAAUAAGGGAUCAUGAACACCACAUGUUGCUGGAGAAAAUCCAAGACGCUCUGGGACCCGAUGCUUUUUUGGAAAAAAAAAUUGCUUACCUAACUCUUCGUAUUCGAGCUUUGAAAAAACAUCUGACUUCUUUCAGAAAGGAUAAAGUUUCAAAAAGUAUGUUGUCUGAAAAGAUAGCAAAACGGAGGAAGAUGUUAAAAGAACUGAAAAAGCAGAACAUGUUCAACUUCCUAUGGUUAACGCGUGAACUAAAAGUAAUGUAUGCUCCUGUGCCUAAAUAUAGAUAUUGGCCUUUGAGCAGGAAGGGCAGCAGGAAAAGGAAGGCACACAAAAAGGCUUUCCGAAUGAAAAUCCAGAAGAUUGAGACACUCCGUGAAAAAUACAGGACGGAAAAAAUUAUGUUUGAUGCUUACAAAGCUGAAACCCUGAGUCAAAUUGAAAAGGAUUUGAAGGAGCUUAACCUAUCCAUCGAUGAUGUCUACGAUCCAGUAGCUUUGUCUAAAAAGGAACGGGUUAAAAAAGAAAAGGUCCAGUUUCAAGGCCGUAUAUGGUAUUAGAACCUGUUGUUUUUUUUUUUGGCAAUAAAUUUAUAUUUCAUUCAAAAU